GAAAAAAAUCCUAGCAAUUGGCAUAGCACAAAACUUUCUAGAAGCUUCGGAACCCAAGAGCAGACUGCAGGCAUCAGCUUAGAUCGCACAUUCUCACAGUGACAGGCAAGAAGCUCGGUGAGGUUCUACAAUGCCGCCCGUUGCUCCUCGAUCCGGCGACUCCAUAUUCGCUAACCUCGAGCACAUGAACGCGGAGCUAUUUACACUGACAUAUGGUGCGAUCGUGCGUCAAUUGAUUACCGAUCUGGAAGAGGUUGACGAGGUUAACAAGCAGCUUGAUCAAAUGGGCUAUAACAUUGGGGUGCGUUUAAUUGAUGAGUUCUUAGCCAAAUCUAACAUAUCAAGAUGCGUUGAUUUCAAAGAGACUGCUGAAGUGAUUGCUAAGGUUGGUUUCAAAAUGUUCCUUGGUGUUACUGCUUCUGUGAUUAACUGGGAUGCUGAUGGAACAUCUUGUAGUAUUGUGUUGGAGGAUAAUCCCUUGGUAGACUUCGUUGAACUUCCUGAUAACUGUCAAGGGCUACACUAUUGCAACAUCUUAAGUGGCGUCGUUAGAGGAGCUUUAGAGAUGAUGCAUUUGGCAGCUGUAGCUGGACACAAAAUAGAGAUAAAAAGAGGUUUCAAUGAAGACUGAGGUGACAUGGGUUCGAGAUAUGCUCCGUGGGGAUGAAGUGUAUGAGUUGAAUGUAAAACUUAUCAAGCAAGUUCCAGAAGAGUAUCCAUACAAAGAUGACGAGUAACAUUUGAAUUUUUUUUAAUACAAUUUGAUUCUUUUGUUAUUUCAAGCUUCGUGUUUUUUUUCUUUUGGUGUAUGCAUGAUGAAACUUUAUACACAUUGUAAUAAAGUUUGAAGCAUCAUAAGACUGUUCUGAUUUUACCAUCCACAA